AUGGAAUUAAACAGAGAACAUUUUCGGGCCAUCAUUUUUUACAAUUUUCGAAGGCAAUUAUCUCAACAAGAAUGCUGUGCUGAGUUGAUUUCUGUUUUCCGUAAUGAAGCACCACAUCAGUCGACAGUUUCUCGUUGGUAUGCAGAAUUCAAGCGUGGACGGGUUAGUCUUAGCGACGAUCCAAGGUCAGGUGCACCAAAAACGGUUGUCACCCAAGAAAACAUCGAUGCUGUGCGUAUGCUUAUCACGGAAGAUCGACAUGUGACAUAUCGUGAGAUUGAGGCUUCAUUGGCGAUUUCAAAGACCUCAAUUCAAAAAAUUUUGCAUGAAGAAUUACGGGUAAGAAAAUUAGUUUCCCGCUGGAUACCGCAUCUGUUAACUGAAGAACAGAAAGAAGCUAGGGUGAUGUGGUGUCAAACAACUCUAGACCGCUUUGAGGCAGGAAACUCUAAAAAUGUGUACAGCAUUGUCAGUGGUGAUGAAUCAUGGAUUUACUCAUAUGAACCUGAAAAUAAACGUCAGUCGUCUGUAUGGGUAUUUCAAGAUGAAGAAAAGCCAACAAAAGUCAUUCGUUCUCGAAGUGUAUCCAAAAAGAUGGUUGCAACAUUUGUCUCAAAAGCAGGUCAUGUUGCAACAAUUCCUCUGGAGAAUCAACAAACUGUUACUGCCGAUUGGUACAUUGCCAUUUGUUUGCCGAAAGUCAUCGCUGAGCUUCGAAAAGCGAACCCACAACGACGAAUCAUCCUCCACCAAGACAAUGCAAGUUCGCACACAGCCCGGAAAACUAUUGAAUUUUUAACUUAUCAAAACGUCGAAUUAUUGGAUCAUCCUCCGUACAGUCCCGACCUAAGUCCCAACGAUUUCUAUACUUUUCCAAAAAUCAAGAAUGAACUGCGUGGUCAGAGGUUUCAGACGCCAGAGGAAGCAGUUAACGCCUUUAAAAAUGCAAUUUUGACAGUACCCACAAACGAGUGGAAUAACAGCUUUGACAACUGGUUUGAGCGCAUGCAAAAGUGCAUUAAAUUUCGUGGAGAAUACUUUGAAAAACAAUAA